AUGAACGACCUCCUCCGUGGAUACCUCCUUAAUCGACCUGCUCUCACUUUGACCCUUGGAGUCUCGUCACUGCCAAAGUUAGGUUUUUGCACUGAUCCACCCACUUCGUUAGAUAUUGAAUAUUGUGCUCAAAUGGCGGUACAUCGAUUACCACGUCUCGUCCCCUUCCCUCGCCCCUUACACGGUCCCGUCCAACCAUCCCGUUCCCCCCGUCAACACCUUAAUAUCAACGACCUGCCACUCUACAUGCAUGACCGCCCCGUUGGCGGGCCCCCCUUCCCCUCUCCUUCGUAUAGGCAAGAGCAACAGAUUGCAGAAAACUUUCCCCUGCGCAGCUGGAAGACCCUCGUUGUCAGCCUGCAGAGCGGGGUGCACCACCAACCGUUGGGAUAUUGCGCCCUCAUCUCGUCCCUGCGACGGAUCCUCUGGGGUUUCUGUUCCAGAAUAGAAAACAUGACGAACAAGACGAUGGAGAUUGUGGAAAUGCAGUCGGCAUGUGGCCUCGGCGCUCACGUCUAUCGGAAAAAUGGCGAUAUUGACUUCCGCGUUGCCUUACCUUCACUCGUCCUCCAGUCCACUGUUCAUAUCACCACUAGUGCCGCGGGGCACGGGAACCCAAAGAACCCCGGGCCCGAUCGCCGUCAGCAGUUAAUCGGGCCUCCCUUCUCUGCCUCGCCCUCUGUACCUCUUUCCUCCAAAUUCCGACUGUCGGGCAGCCAUGGAUCUUUCGUGAGAGACAAGAACCAACAAGUGCCCAAUCACACAUGGAUCCGAGGCGUCCAAGUUGGUUUGUUCGAAAUCAGCUUUUGGCCACCCGCGAUUCCGCGGCAGCUAGCCAGCUACCGCAUCCCGAGGGCCGCGCCGGACCAUGACUCAAUGAGAUACCUCAUAUUUCAGAUGCCACCGCCAUUCUUUUCAAAUGUCCAGUCUCAGUCCUCCAACCUUCCCAGCCUAGGUCUUACCGCCCGCGGAUCCCCAAGACGGGUAGAGAAGGAUUGCGUAUGCGUGCCAAAAACGGAUGCCAACUCAUCAGGCGCCCAAGAUCGUCCAAGAAACCUGACCGCCAGUCCCCCCCCAAAGAUUGCUGAUACCAGCGUGCCAGCCCAAACCCCGUCGAUGCUCUAUACCGACCACCCAUACGACCUCCCUGAUUUACCCUGGAUCGCCAGAACGUGGACGAUCCCUUGGGACUGCCAAAAAUGCAAUGACCUCAUGGUUUACCUGCCCAUCAAUUCUGUUGUCUACCUAGGCUCUCACUCCAGACUCUUGAGCCCCAAAUUCAAUCUUUCACUCAUUGCCGCGAACUUCUCUAGUAGCACAACCAGGGAUGCCCUCUCACCAACCGGACACCGCCCAGUUCUUUCACCAGAAGAACCAAGAAAGCUGUUCACACAACAAUGCUCCGUACCCGCUCCGGGUUCCCGCGCCUGGGAUGAACCUCCUUGGUUUACGCGCGUGCCCCUGGCCUUUCACUGCCGCUCGCACCCUUUCCUGCCCGCCACCCGCCAGAACAGGAGCGUUAUUCAUGGUUGCAUCGAGAGCUUUGGCCCCCAUCGCGGCACGGCACGGAAAGGGGCGCUUGCAAUAAGGUCGUUCAUGCUAUGCGGUGCAGGCCUGGCCGUGGGCACGAACAUGUUUGAUGCCUUGAGUCCCAAUACUCGCAUCUUGCCCGAUAUCUCUCACUCUUCCAUUCUGUUCUGCAAUAUCUCCCGUCAUGCAUCUUCUCCUCAUCUCGCCAACACGAGGCCUCCCAGUGCACACGUUCACCUGCCUCAUCCUGCAAUUUACAAACAACGGAACGACAAAGCUCUCCAGUUCCUUCAAUUGCUUGGAAACCCCAGGGAUCAUCAUAUUAAUGCUGGCAAAGGGAUGAAAAACAACAGACGAUUGGUUCGUCACUUACCAGCCAACAAAGUCGCCGCCCUCCCCCUCAUGCGCCGAACAGCCUCUCUUUCACAUGUAGCACAAAGGUUCUCAUGCGCAGCAUCUGAUGUGGCGCACCUGUCACCAGAUGGCAUUCCUGCCGUCCUAGAGCUUAUGCGGCCAUCAACUUGA